UUCCAUCACCUAACUAUUUUAACCCUUUAGAGAAAUAACAAAUAAUCAUUAACACAUUCUAUAGUUGGCUAAAGCUUUCAUCUAUGGUGACUAAAUCCAACCACAACCAUAGUCACACAAACUUCUCUUCCCCUAAAUUUUGUAACAAAAGAAUACAUUAAUACAACAUACAAAAACAACACUAACCAAAAAAUAAUAAUCAAACAAUAGAAGAUAAAAAGAAAGCUCCCAAAAUCUUAGCUUAUAUUAUGAGUGGUGUGACAAUAAGGUAAAAAGAGAGCUUUGUUUGUUAUGAGAAAUCCACUCACAUUCCAUAAAAAAUUAUUAUAAUUACCUAACAAUUAUCUCAUUCAUCCAUAAAUUCACCAAACCAUUCUUUCUUUUUCAUUUCAUACACAUUCUCUUUUUGUACCAAACAAAACUUAUAGAGUUGAGUUUGUUUACUUGUUUUUUAUAAUUUUUUCUUUAUUAAUUCAUAAACAAAAAAAAUUAGCAAGAUUACUAGUCAACUAAUUUUAACUUCAUCAUCAUAACCUUUAGUUAGUAAUAAGCUUUUUCUUUUGACUUACUUUGGUUCUUUUCUCUCAAAUAAGCUAAUUUUCCCUUGUUUAAGUCAUGGGAAUCUUGUCCAUAAGUUAUUCCUCAAACUUAAUCACUAAACUCAUAAAAGUGCCUGAAAAUAAUAAUUGGUAUAUUCCAACAAGGAGAAAGACAACAACAAAUGUUGUUGUGUUUUGUCAUCAAGGUGGUGGUGGAAGUAGUGGAAAUGUGAUUAAAUCUUCUAAUAUGUCUUCUGUUUUGUCAUCAUUGGUUAGUUCAGAUCAUGCUGCAACAACAUUAAUGGAUGCUGGAAGUUUGGUCUUGUCACCAAAUGGUAAAACUCAAGGUGAUAUUGUUGUUAAGGAUAUGGUUCCUUAUGGUGGAACAACAUCUACUACUACAUUAAUUAAUGGACUUGAAGAUGAUGGAAUUGGCAUUGUUAAAUUUCUUAGAGGGAAGAAGUUUUUUGUUACUGGUGCUACUGGAUUUCUAGCAAAAGUUCUUAUUGAGAAGAUUCUAAGGACAGAACCUGAAGUUGGAAAAAUGUAUCUCUUGAUCAAAGCAAAGAAUAAGCAAGCUGCAAUGGAGAGAUUACAUAAUGAAAUCAUAAAUACAGAACUUUUCAGAUCCCUUAGACAAAUCCAUGGAAAAUCAUACCAAUCCUUUAUGUUGAGCAAGCUAGUUCCUAUUGUAGGAGAUAUUUGUGAAACAAAUCUUGGACUAGAUGAAGAUUUAUCUAAUGUUAUUGAAGAUGAGGUUGAUGUAAUUGUAAAUUCUGCAGCUAAUACAACUUUUGAUGAAAGAUAUGAUACUGCAAUCAACAUAAACACUCGAGGGCCGUGUCGCCUUAUGGCGAUCGCGAAAAAGUGCAAGAAGCUUAAGCUCUUUCUUCAUGUUUCUACAGCUUAUGUAAAUGGACAAAGGCAAGGUAGAAUAAUGGAAAGACCAUUUAGCAUUGGUGAUUGCAUAGCAAGAGAGAAACUUAUAUCUGGUGUUCCACCAAAAUUCCUUCCUAUUUUGGACAUUGAAAAUGAAAUCAAUCUUGUUUUAAAGAACAAUGAUAACAUUGAAGACAAUUUACUAGCUCAAAAGAUGAGGGAGAUGGGUCUAGAGAGGGCUAAAAGAUUUGGCUGGCAAGAUACUUAUGUGUUCACAAAGGCAAUGGGAGAAAUGAUGAUUGACAAAUUGAGGGAAGAUAUUCCGGUUGUUGUAAUUAGACCAAGUGUUAUUGAGAGCACUUUGAGUGAACCAUUUCCUGGAUGGAUGGAAGGAAAUAGGAUGAUGGAUCCAAUAGUUCUUUGCUAUGGUAAAGGACAGCUAACUGGUUUCUUGGUAGAUCCUAAUGGAGUUCUUGAUGUGGUCCCAGCAGACAUGGUUGUUAAUGCAACAUUAGCAGCAAUGGCAAAACAUGGAACAGCACAAAAAGCAGAUAUCAAUGUUUACCAAAUUGCUUCAUCUGUGGUUAACCCUUUAGUCUUCCAAGACCUUACAAGGCUUCUCUAUGAACAUUACACUUCAUCACCGUGCAUUGAUUCAAAGGGUAACCCAAUUCAAGUUCCACUUAUGAAAUUGUUUAGCUCUUCAGAAGAAUUCUCUGGUCACCUAUGGAGAGAUGCUCUUCAGAAAAGUGGUUUGACAGCAUUGGCUUCCUCAAAGGGAAAGAUGUCUCAAAAAAUUGAAAACAUUUGUAGAAAAUCAGUUGAGCAAGCAAAGUACUUGGCCAAAAUCUAUGAACCUUACACAUUUUAUGGUGGAAGGUUUGACAAUAGUAAUACACAAAGAUUGAUGGAAAAAAUGUCUGAAGAAGAAAAGAGGGAAUUUGGCUUUGAUGUAAAAGGCAUAGAUUGGAAAGAUUAUAUCACAAAUGUUCAUAUACCUGGUCUAAGGAGACAUGUCAUGAAAGGAAGAGGAAUGAGCAAUCAGUGAAUCACAUCUUGUGUGACAUGUAAUCAUUAGUUAGUAGUAGUAGUCUUACUCUUAUGCUUCAACAAAAUGUGAUAGAUUUUAUAUAUACUUCAUCUUUCCUUGAAACCUUUAGGUGUGGUAAAAACUACUAUGGUAUAUCCUUCAUUAUCCAUAAUGUAAUUUUAUAAUGAUAUUAAUAAUGAUAAUCAAAUUUCUGUAA